CCAUGCAGGCUGCUGAGGAGGCGAGCCUGUGCUGGCAGCAAUCUCCCAUUGAUGGACAGAGAAAUAACAGGCUCUUUUCAUUCUUCUCUUUCCUGCUGCAGAUAAAUGCUGACAGCAAACCUUACGAGUAAAAACACUAGAAGCAACGUCAGCGUCAGUUUCAGAGAAUCCUACCGCUACGUCAGAGGCAGCGGUAUAGUGGCAUUCAAUACAAGGCGCGCUGACAGGACCAGCGUCAGGCAGCCGUUCUCACUCUGCUCCCCAAGGACAGCAGCUCUGGGAUGGGCUGCUCCUCUGGACGCCAGCCCCCGGCUUCGGUCCUUCACCCAGACCUGGACUUUGGCAACACCGGUGAGGCUAACACCUCACUCCAAGACUCCGACAACCAAAACCAGAGCCUGAGCGGCUGCGGAGAGGGAGCCGACGGGGAGGACAGCCUCGGACGGGGGCAGGCCAGACCCCCGGAGUCUCUCCACACCCUGGAGAGGCUCGCCCAGGCAACGGGCGGCACGGAAAAGUCCUGGUACCGCUGCGUCUUCCCGUUCGGCGUGAUAUCGCUCGUGAUUGGCAUGGCGGGCACCGGGGUGACAUUCACCUUCAACACCCUGCCCCAGACUAAAGUGGUGUCGGUCGCGCUGCUGUGCACCGGCGUGGUGAUGCUGCUUGUGGCGGCCGUUUGUUGGAGGGCCCACAGACUGAGAAGACGGAAAAAGAAGGAAAGUGGAUUCUUCACUGCUGAUCAGGGCACUUUGUGACAGAGCAGGGACUUCUGCUGGACUGUCACAGAGCUGAGUGGGUUUCCACUCAGCACUCACUGAUGAAGACUUGAACGACGCUGGUAUUAUUUAGAUGAGGGGGGCUUUGGUGAGCUCUGAUAAAUAGUAUCAAAGUUGAAGUCACUUUUCUUAUUGUUAUUGAGGAGUACCAACUCAAGAAUUUCCUGAUGUGACACCCUAGCAAAAAUACAGUAUAAACACAAGUUUAGUUGUAGUUUGUAAAAUCAAAAGCAGUCAGCUGCUGUACAGACAUUCCACCCCAGUAAGAGUGAUUAAGAGUGAUGGGUGGUGCCUCAGUGCAGCUAUCAUUUUUCUUGACUGGAACCAUUUCCAAGUCAACAAAUCUGUCUGUCUAGAAGAUGAUUGCAAGAGCAUGCAGCAACAGGUGCGGGAGGCACUGUGCUACCGUAUUUGAUUUUGGCUUCUCCUUAAAAAGACUUAAACAGUCGAAACUAUAUGUAUUGACAUUUUUAUGUUUUUGAAAACUCUUACCUUCUUAAAACCCAGAGACAGGAGAGGUACUUCUCCUGUUGCCCACUUUGGGUUUGAGGAAUGCUUUCAACAAAGGCGCCUCAGGAGUAGCAGUUUAUUAUGUCAUUAUUUUCUCCCUGCAGCUUCACGUGAGACAGAACAAUAACCUUUGAACAUGUACUGCCAAGAGUAGAAAUACGCACCGGUCAAAUCUAGUCUUUGUGCUCCGGUUUGACAGUUGAAUGUGCAGCUGGUUAAGGAAGGAAAAGCAGCAUCUUUUUUUCCCUCUUUCACUACAAAUGGAGCUGAAUAGUAACAAGAGCUCAUAAUGGCAAUAUUACUUCAUUGCUAAAUGAGUUUCCUUUCAUUACAGGGCAGUGAGUUUUCCUGCAUGGUCUACUUAGAGUGCAGUGGUUCAUUAGGAGAAAGCAAACAGUUUUGGUCAGGUUUUUUUUUUUUUUUUAAACAUUUACAGAUGUCAUAAAAUUUGGCAAAACAAUAUGCAAUACUCAGCGAGUUGACUUUUUCUGCAAAAUUAUUCACGUACAAAUUUCUGUCUACAUUGUAGUUUCAUCCAUCCAUUCAUCUACCCACUUGUUCUAGGCGGGUCACGGGGGGAGAUUGUGCCUACCUCCAAUGGUCAGUGCAUAAGAGGCCUGGUACACCCUGGACAGGUCACCAGUCCAUCACAGUAAAUCAAACAAGCAUUGCCUUUAUCUCUCGUCAUCCAUCUUAAGUCUCAAGUAAUAGACCUUUGGCAUUACUGGAACUUUUAAUCUAGUCACUAAUGAUUUAUACAGUCUAUAUGGCAUGGAAAUCCCACUAUAGAUGUCUUACUGAGUUCAAACUGAUAAAGCUAAUGUGGAUUUCUCCCCCAAUGUUUUUAUCUAAUGAGGGAAAUUAAUGAUUUUUUCUCUUCAAGUCUCACUUUUUUAAAAAGUUCUCAUUCUGGUUGCCAUUCAUUCUCUUGUUUUAAGUUUAUUUAUUAAAUAGGAGCUUGUUGUUAAAACAGUCUAUUCUAUUUUAAGUCUCAUUCACAAAACACUUUUGUCUUUUAGUCGCAACAAACUUCCCUCUAGUAGUUUGUUAUUCACAAAAACAAGGCAGCUGUACUCAAUGCAAUUAGUAAGUAGGUGAAAUCUAUUAUGAACUAAAUAAUAACUAAUAAAUGGAGACACUACCCAUGGCUAAUGACACACCACACUGAGGCAUUCCUGGUGUGUUUUCGCCUUAAAUCCUUCAGUCGGUGUGUCACAUCCUGGAGAAAAACUGACAAACCUUUUCAUAAGUCAACCUGUACAUCACGACCUAAUUCUUACAAUGUGCUUAUUAUUAUUAUCUCUCCAAAGUUAAAAAUGAAUAUAAAUCCUAGCAGUUAGCAUUUAUAGUAAAGCUAUGUGGGCCACAUGCUGUAUACACAGUGGUAAAGCUAAUGAGCAUCUAGCUAAUUUAGCUAACGUGAAAUGAUUUACUAAAUUGUUCCACGAUGCUAAAUGUAAGAAAUGUAAGUACUUACCUUACUUACCUGUAAGGUAAGUAAGCGUACCUUAGAGUAGGCUUACUUACUUAAAGUUCUUUAACUCAAAUAAUACAUUUAUUUGAGUUAAAUAAGUAUUUCGUACAAUAACCUGACUGAUCUGUGAAGAAAUGUGAAAUCCUGCUCUGUUCUUGUUGAGCUAAUAUGUAGCAUUCAAGCUAGCCAAAACAGCUAUGGUAGCAUACAGUCACUACCAGCAGUAAUGGGGAUUUGAGAUAGACCCAGCAGUAUCACAUGAGCUCCAGAGUUUUAUUUUAUGGAUGUUGUUGGAUAAAUAUUGUCUCUCUGAUCUCAUCUUUUGUGUGAAAUGUUAACAUUUGUGGAGAAGCAGCUAAUUCUUGUGAGUUAUUUGCAGUUUCUUUGAAUUUUUUUUAUGGUUCGUUACAAAUCUGUGUGGUAUAAAUGGAAUUUAUUUGAUGACAGUAAUUCUUUUUUGAGACUGGGUAUUCCUACAAAUUACAUAUCAUGGAUCUAUUGUACUUCUUAUUAUCCAUAAGAGUGUAGCCACAUUUAUGAAUGUCUCUUUAACAGUGUCUUAUUAUCAUUCUUGUAUAAAGAGUAAAAACCCUGUGUAUUUUUAAGUGGAAAUAUAUUUUGUAAUGUCGUAGAGAAUAUAAUUGAGGCCUUUCACUGCUAUCCUUAUAUUUCUAUUUAGGAUGUCUGGUUGUAAUGACUGUAAAUUUGUUCAUCUGAAUGUUAAAUACACAUUUCAUUCCGAAAACGAGAAUCUGCCAUUCCACUCAGAUGCUGCAUAUAAAUAUGAAGACUUUCUUUUGCAUGGAGGACAUAAUCAUCUGUCUUUAUUUACUUCAGUGAUCAGAAACUUUUGAACAUUUUAGUUUUGGAAUGAAACGCAUCAAUUGGUUGUUGUUAGCUUGCUUUGAGUCUAGCAGAAUGGUCAAGCUUAUCUCUCAGUGCCUUUUUUCUUGCUAUGUAAAAAGUUCUACGUAAAGUGCAGUUAUUUGUGAGCUGUGAAGGCCGACCGGUGCCAGUGUUAGAGUAGCCCAACAGAGAGGCAGAAAUACUGCGGUGUAUCCAGUAAAAGUCAGGUUCAAGUCUGUGGAAGUGAACUGGUGUGCAUGAAGUUACUGUCGGAUGUGGUUCCUUUGGUCUAACUGCCUGAAAUGCCAAAAAUAUUAAUCAAGAAGUUUAUUUUUACGUCUUUCAAAUGUCUGUAAAAUUGUACAUUUUUUCUUGUUCACUGUAGUUCAAAGCACAUAAUUAAAACCAAGGUUAGUUUUUGGAAA